ACCAACAAAAGAGAGAGUGGGGGAGAGAGAGAGAGCUAAGAGAGAAGAAUUCAGAUGGCAUCAAAGGCCUUCUUCAAGUCCUUCCUGAUCUCCUUCUACCGUUUCCUUCGUCGAAGGCUCUACAACCCACUCUUCCUCCACAGAAGAAGUCCCCAUGGAUCUUCCCACCUAAAGCUACCGAGGAGCCUCUCUAUGGAGCUCUCGGAACAAACACUAGUGUUUGAUGUGGAGGGAGGGCUCUUGAGGUCCUCCUCCACCUUUCCUUACUUCAUGCUUACGGCCUUGGAGGCUGGAAGCUUCUUGAGGGGCCUUAUCCUCUUGCUUUUAUACCCUCUACUCUGCUGUCUGAGCCAUGAGGUGGGGCUUAGAUUGAUGGUCAUGGUGUGCUUCUUUGGGAUAAGGAAGGAGGGGUUGAGGGUUGGAACAACAGUGCUUCCCAAGUUCUUCUUGGAGGAUGUGGGCUUGGAGGGUUUUGAUGUCUUGAGGAGGGGUAGAAGGAGGGUUUGUCAUACAUGCAUGCCAAGGGUCAUGGUGGAAGGGUUUCUCAAAGAUUACCUGGAGGUGGAGGUGGUAGUUGGGAGGGAGUUGAAGGAUUUUGGUGGGUAUUACACGGGGCUAAUGGAGGAGGAAACGAAGGUAUUGUUUGGUGAAGAAGAUACGGGUAGAGAUGCCUUUGGGUUUGGAAGCUGCAGCAACUCUUCUCGGCACCACCUUUUCUCUCAUUGCAAGGAAGUCCACCUGGUAACUGAAGCUGAGAAGAGGAGCUGGCAUGGCUUACCCAGAGAACAAUACCCAAAGCCCCUGGUGUUCCAUGAUGGCAGAUUGGCCUUCAGGCCAACCCCAAUGAACACACUUCUCAUGUUCCUCUGGCUACCCCUUGCCGUUCCCCUAUCCAUCUUUCGAUGCCUGGUCUUCUUGUUUCUGCCCUACAGCAUAUCCAUCCCCAUAGAAGCCUUCUUUGGGAUGAAGGGCAGGGCCAUAGAUCCCCCCAGCUUCAGCACUGAACGCCAGCCCGGCGGUCGCGGUCACCUCUACGUCUGCAACCACCGGACCCUCCUCGACCCGGUCUACAUCUCCGCCGCGCUCAACAAGCUCGUGACCGCCGUCACUUACAGCGUCAGCCCCAUCUCUGAAGCUUUGUCGCCGAUCAGAACGGUGCGGCUGACCCGAAACAAAGAGGAGGACAGGAGAAGAAUGGAGAGGCUGUUGAGCCAAGGAGACCUUGUGGUGUGCCCUGAAGGGACCACUUGCAGGGAACCGUAUCUUCUAAGGUUCAGUCCACUGUUUACGGAGUUGGCCGACGAGGUCAUCCCGGUGGCGCUGGUCACCAGAGUGAGCAUGUUUUAUGGCACGACGGCAGCCGGAUUCAAGUUCUUGGAUUCCUUCUACUUCCUCGCAAAUCCUUGCCCCGAGUAUGACGUCGAGUUCCUGGAGAACACACCGACGCGUUCCAUUGGUGGAAAGAGUUGCAGCACAUACCAAGUGGCCAACCAUGUCCAGAGAAAGAUCGGAAGUGCCCUGGGCUUCGAGUGCACAAAUCUCACCAGGAAGGACAAGUACCUCAUGCUUGCAGGCACCGACGGGAUCGUAAAAACAAAGCCAAAAAGACAAUGAUUCGGAUGCAUAAGAACCUCAUGAGGAUCAUCUGAGAAGGAUGCUUGAAUAUUAGCGUAUUAAUUUGUUCUUGUUUGGAUAAAGGUCGAAGCUUGUAUUUCUCCUUGGUGUUGUACUACCGCACGCUUGUUUAAUUAUUGUACUCAUUCUUUGAUCUGAAAGGGAAAGAAUGGAAAAGAAGGGGACAUAUUGUGAUAA